CCAGUCAGGCAGCCGACGGGCAGCCUGCGAGGCCCGCGGAGCCCGCGGGGAGGGUGAGGGGGUCCUUUCUAGGCAGGACCCGCCCUUUGGUCCAGUCUCUCGGGUCCUGUCACUCGGAUCCAAACCUCACUUGCAGCGGCAGUCUGAACUGAGAUUUCAGAAUGACUUCCUUCUUGACAUACACUUUUAAAAAUCUUCCCAGUACAUCAAAAUGGGCCCUCAGAUCUUCUAUAAGACCUCUGAGCUGUUCCUCCCAACUUCGAGCUGCUGCAGAUGUCCAGACCAAAUCAAAGAAAACCUUGGCCAAACCCAGCGUAAGGAAUAUCGUGGUGGUGGAUGGUGUUCGCAUUCCAUUUUUGCUGUCAGGCACUUCAUAUAAAGACCUGAUGCCACAUGAUUUGGCUAGAGCAGCACUUUUGGGUUUGUUGCAUCGGACCAGUGUCCCAAAGGAUGUUGUUGAUUAUAUCAUCUUUGGCACAGUCAUACAGGAAGUGAAAACCAGCAAUGUGGCUAGAGAGGCUGCCCUCGGAGCUGGCUUCUCCAACAGGAUUCCUGCUCACACUGUCACCAUGGCUUGCAUCUCUGCCAACCAGGCCAUGACCACAGGUGUCUGCUUGAUUGCUUCUGGCCAGUGUGAUGUGGUCGUGGCAGGUGGUGUAGAGUUAAUGUCCGAUGUCCCUAUUCGUCAUUCAAGGAAAAUGAGGAAAAUGAUGCUUGAUCUUAAUAAGGCCAAGACCCUUGGACAGCGGCUAUCUUUAAUCUCUAAAUUCAGAUUGAAUUUCUUGUCACCUGAGCUCCCUGCGGUGGCUGAGUUUUCCACCAGUGAGACCAUGGGCCACUCUGCAGACCGACUGGCUGCUGCCUUUGCUGUUUCUCGACUGGAACAGGAUGAGUACGCGCUGCGCUCACACCUCCUGGCCAAGAAGGCACAAGAGGAAGGACUCCUUUCUGAUGUUGUGCUGUUCAAAGUACCAGGAAAAGAUACAGUUACCCAAGAUAAUGGCAUUCGUCCUUCCUCCCUGGAGCAGAUGGCCAAACUAAAACCUGCAUUCAUCAAGCCCUAUGGCACAGUGACAGCUGCAAAUUCUUCCUUCCUGACGGAUGGUGCAUCUGCAGUGCUGAUUAUGGCAGAGGAAAAAGCUCUGGCCAUGGGCUAUAAGCCGAAGGCAUAUUUGAGGAAUUUUGUGUAUGUGUCUCAGGAUCCAAAAGAUCAGCUUUUACUUGGACCAACAUAUGCUACUCCAAAAGUUCUAGAAAAGGCAGGAUUAACAUUGAAUGAUAUUGAUGCUUUUGAAUUUCAUGAAGCUUUCUCAGGUCAGAUUUUGGCUAAUUUGAAAGCCAUGGAUUCUGACUGGUUUGCACAAAACUACAUGAAUAGAAAAGCCAAGGUUGGAGUGCCUCCCUUGGAGAAGUUUAACAACUGGGGUGGAUCACUGUCCUUGGGACACCCAUUUGGAGCCACUGGCUGUCGGUUGGUCAUGGCAGCUGCCAACAGAUUACGGAAGGAAGGAGGCCAGUAUGGUUUAGUUGCCGCCUGUGCAGCUGGAGGGCAGGGCCAUGCCAUGAUAGUGGAAGCUUAUCCAAAAUAAUAGAUCAAGAAGAGGUGACCUGGAGUUUCUCUGCAACACUCACCCUAGGCAAUGCCAUUUCAAUGCAUUACUCAGUGACAUCUGUAGUUUCUAGGUCCUCUAAGGAAAAUGAAAUUUGUGGCCUUCUGUUAAAUACUUUGCAAUUAAGCCUUGCCAGUGUUCUGAGCUUUCCAAUAAUCAUGGCUUACUGCUCUUUCAGGGAUUUCUUAGUCACCAGAAUCUCUCACAGUGAUAAGUUUAAGCAAUUAUGUUUGGUCUCUAUUAUGAGUAAUUGCAGUUUAGGGGAGAGAUUAGCUGAGAUUUGGAAUCAUCUUUGUAUCAUUUGCAAAUUAUAACUCAUUCUUACUUGUUACCCAAAGGUAAAUGUUUUCUAUAAAAUACAGACCAAUGUGCCUAAAUUAACUUAAUUAUGGAAAGAUAAUUCAGGGUCUAAACAUCACUGAAAACUUACAGUAAAUGUUUAGAUAUAUAGAUACCAUAUUGGUUAACCUUAAUGAAGGGGAAAAGUAUUAGAGAACUGUUUGUCUUAUUUUUUCAUAGAGGUAAAAGGUUGCUCUGUUGGCUUAGGAACAAAUUUUGCUUUUGAUUACUCAUUUGUAACUUCUAACCAUUUUAUUCAACCAUGAGGCUGUUAGGAACAUAAAGAAGGUCCUUCUUUAGAAUAAUACUUUUUUCCCCUUUUGCCCAACUGAAGUAAAUGUAUCACUAUUUGGAGAUGCUUCUGUUUUCCAGGUUUAAUGAAGUAUAAAGAGAUUUUUAAAAUUUAA